UUCUUUGAAUUCAAUAACCAAACACUUCUCCUUAUAGACUGCUUUUCUGAAUUGCCCGUGACUUCUUUUCUUCCCCCCAUCCAGUUUAACUACUGCUUUGAUGUGGACUGGCUCGUAAAACAGUAUCCACCAGAGUUCAGGAAGAAACCAAUCCUGCUUGUGCAUGGCGACAAACGCGAAGCAAAGGCUCACCUACAUGCCCAGGCAAAGCCUUAUGAAAACAUUGCCCUCUGCCAGGCAAAGUUGGAUAUUGCAUUUGGAACACACCACACGAAAAUGAUGCUACUGCUGUACGAAGAAGGCCUCCGGGUUGUCAUACACACCUCCAACCUCAUUCACGCCGACUGGCACCAGAAGACACAAGGAAUAUGGUUGAGCCCCUUGUACCCACGAAUAGUCCAUGGGACCCACAGAUCUGGAGAAUCAACCACACACUUUAAAGCUGACCUCAUCAGCUACUUGAUGGCUUGUAACGCCGCUCCCCUCAAGGAGUGGAUAGAUACCAUCCAGGAGCACGACCUCUCAGAAACAAAUGUUUACCUUAUUGGCUCAACCCCGGGACGCUUUCAAGGAAAUCAAAAAGAUAACUGGGGACAUUUUAGGCUUAGGAAGCUUCUGAAAGAGCAUGCCUCAUCCAUACCUAAAGCAGAGUCCUGGCCUAUAGUAGGUCAGUUCUCAAGCGUUGGCUCCAUGGGGGCCGAUGAAUCAAAAUGGUUGUGUUCUGAGUUUAAAGAGAGCUUGGUGACACCUGGCAAGGAAAGCAGGACCCCAGGAAGUACUGUUCCUCUUCAUCUGGAGCUAGAACAGAGCCCCUUCAGAGGAGGUACGGCGGGCUCCACCUGUUGAUCCCGCUCCCUAAGCCCGAGAGGAGGACCUACCUGCGCAGCCCAUUGCACCCACCGUCCGCGCUCUCGGUAUCUGGACU